AUGAGUGUCGUAAUUCUGGAGUGUCCGAACUAUGGAGUUAAGGUAUUAAAUAUCUUUGACGUAGGCAGCAGCUACGUUGCCACGGCAGUGGUGUUGAAUAAUCCCAAAAGAAUUAUGACGAGUACGGUGUGGAUAAUCCCUAUACUUACAAAAUUCACACUUGCGACUCGAUACGAUGAAAGUGAAUACUACCGUUGGCUUAGCCCCGAUGAAGAUGGAGGAGAGUGA